GGCUCGGUAUUUUAAUUUUAAUGGACACGAUCGCGCGAUCAAGGGGGGAAAAGUCACGUCCUACUUGGCGAGGGCGAUCGUUCUUGGAAGCUGGAGAUGUGGCUUAGAAAAUCGCCGCGGCAGAUCGGCCUGAAUCUUUCCAAGGAUCUCGUCCAGCUAGCGCCCCGUCGACGAUGGAUCACCAAUAAUCAAUGGCGCCCUCAUGGACUCCUACUUGUAUAUAUAUGCGCGCCCUGCUGGCUGUCGCUGUUGGUGAGUCGCCAUCGUCGGUGUAUAUAAACGCAUUGUUGCAUAGCACGCGGGUGAUACUAUAUGGGGAGCAGCAGCGUCGACGGAGCCGGCGAGAUGUGCUUGGAGGCUGGCGCCGGCAGGGCGGGGAGGCGCGGCGGGAAGAAGGCGGCGGAGAUGAAGGCCGCCAAGCAGCCGCAGCGCGGGCUCGGCGUCGCGCAGCUGGAGAAGAUCCGGAUGCAGAACCAGAUGAUCGCCGCGUACCGCUCCGGCCUGCCUCCGCCGCCUCCGCCGCAGCAGGUGCCGUACGCCGCAGUCCCGACGGCCGGCGCCGCAUCGUCUUUCCAGCCCUAUCUAGCUGGUUGCUUUGAGGCGAUGGACCGGAGGAUCGCUGACGUGCAGUACAGCCAGUACUACGCGGAGAACCUGCUGCCUAACAGCUCCAGCCGGCCGCCGUCGACGUCGCCGCUCUUCGUCGUCCAUGACUCGUCGUCGUCAGGACAGAGGCAGCAGCAGACGCCUCACGAGUACGACUACUGGAUGCGCCACAGCCACGAGUCCAGCGGCCGCGGCGGCGCCGGAAGCACGGAAGAGCUAGAUCUGGAGCUGAGGCUGUAGGAGACGCCACGGUGAGCUCGAUAGAUCGAAGUGUCUACUCUAAUUAAUCAUGUGUCCGUGCAUGCAUGGGCGAAGCGCCAUGCGGGAGAGAGGGAGAGGAUCAGAGGAGGGGCUUAGAAUUAGAUUGAUCGAUUAGCUAUCAAACUGGCGGUGCCAGAGUUAGCUGCUGCUUAAUUUGCUGACGGAAUGGCUGAUGCUUUCGUUCUGGAACUGUGGGAUGACUGAUAAACGUACGCUGCCACGCGCGACCGAUACAUGCAUGUAAAUCUUGUUUAACACCUUAUUAAUUGAAAUGGUUACCAGUUUGUAGAGGAAACUUUA